AUGACCAUCGUUCAUAUAGUCCUAUUCAAGUUUAUCCCCGGUGUUACCGAACAGCAUAAGUCGGCAUUUGUUACAGAGCUCAAGAAGCUCAAAGAAUUACCCUGUGUCAAGGAUAAUCGACUCCUCGUUGGGGGUCCCUCUAUAACUACGCCAAUCCAGAGAAGUAACGGUUAUGAAUUUGCGUUAGUCAGCUAUCAUGACAAUCGGGCGGCACUUGAGCAAUACCAGUCCUGCAAGGAACACGUCCAGUGA